AUGGCUGCGCUGGGAUCGGGAGACGUCCCGAGCCCCGGAGUUGCGGCAUCAUACGAUCAUGAGCUAUUUAUGUUGGGGACAAAUUGGGCAGGCUCUCUGAACCUGACGUUCCGAGUUUCGAUCGGAUCGGCUCAUCAGUUCUCAUGCCGGCCUGUCGUUGCGCCUGAGGGCCUGAGAUGUAGUAGCAAUGCUUCUGAGGAAAAACUGCUGUCCAGCAGUAGGAUGAACAAACAAGUCCUACCAUGCUUGGUAAAAUAA